GUAACUGGAAUGCUUUCCCUCUCACUCCUUCUUGCGAAGGAAGAAGUGAUCUGACAUAGUAAAAGCUCCUACAAUAGCUGCUGCUGCUGCUGCUUUCUGUGUGAGAGAUCCGAAGAACAGGAAUGUUAUAAUCGUUAGUGGAAUUACUGCUGUUCUGCACUUAUAAAUGGAAAUGCUCUAUAUUGCUUUAUACUUCAGCUUGCUGGCAAUGACUGAAUGAAAUUUCAGAAAGGAACGCCUGUUCCGGUAUUAGCAUGUUUCUGUUUCUUCAAGAAGAGAUGACACUGAGUUAAAUUAAACACAGCUAAAAACAACUGAGUGCCUGAAUUUGAACACAGAAUGAGAAAAUAUUCAGAGCUUGAAAAUCUGAUCAAGCACUAAAUGAAUGGUUCAACGCAGCAGGCAUGGAUUUAUCAGGCCACAUCUGCUGUUCAAAGUUCAUAGUUGGAUGAUUCCAGAGAGAGGGGGAAAGUCUCUGUCCUCAUUCUACUGAAGAAGCCAUGAUAAUCCAAGAUUUAGAAUCAUCAAAGGUUUUGAACACAUGAAGCUGAAGCCACCAUCUCUAACCACACUAUAUAAAAGAGCGUCUAAGAAUUACAAGGAGAGCAAUUUUUGUAAAGGGCAUUAAACGAAAACAAAAGAGGUUCUUCACACAGAGACUUGGGGGGAAAAAAGACAGUACCCUUUCUUCUUCAAAGUCUCCUUCCUGUGGAGAAACAGGAGCCUGAAGCUUUUAUCCUCAACAACUUGAUGUGUUCAUGUAUCAUGACAAAACUUUACAGGAAUAUUCAAUGAAUAAAGUGGAGCUCCCAGGGAAAAAUAUAAUUUAAGCUGCUACUGUGGAAAAAGUACAGCAACAUGAACUAAACUAUAAAAUUCCUGUCAAGUCAACUGGUUUCAGGAAAACUGUAUACCCCCUCCAUUUUAAGAAGCACAAAAGGUUCCUUCACAUCUUUAGAUAAGAUUGCUGAAAGCCAAACUCUAGCCUGCGUACAAGCAUCAUUGCAACUUGACCAUGAUCACUGUAACCUGGAACUUCAUUCUAAUUUGGACAAAGAUAGGGCUGUUGCUCAAAAUGGCACCUCAUUUUAUCAGUGCCAAAUCAUGCCCUUCAGUGUGCCGUUGUGAUGCAGGAUUCAUUUACUGCAAUGAUCGUGAUCUCACAUCAAUUCCUACAGGGAUUCCAGAGGAUGCUACAACCCUUUACCUUCAGAACAAUCAAAUUAACAAUGCUGGAAUUCCUUCAGACCUAAAAACCUUGAUCAAAGUUGAGAGAAUUUAUUUAUACCACAACAGUUUGGAUGAAUUCCCUAUCAAUCUCCCGAAGUAUGUCAAAGAACUACAUUUGCAAGAAAAUAACAUAAGGACAAUUACUUAUGACUCACUUUCACAAAUUCCUUAUCUGGAAGAACUGCAUUUGGAUGAUAAUUCUGUUUCUGCAGUUAGUAUUGAAGAUGGAGCCUUCCAGGAUAAUAUCUAUCUCAGACUUCUUUUUCUUUCUCGAAAUCACCUUAGCACCAUUCCCUGGGGCCUUCCUAAAACAAUAGAAGAGCUGCGCUUGGAUGAUAAUCGUAUUUCCACAAUUUCGGAGCUGUCCCUUCAAGACCUUACAAAUCUAAAACGCCUAGUUUUAGAUGGAAAUCUCUUAAGCAAUCAUGGAUUAGGAGACAAAGUCUUCAUGAACCUAGUCAAUUUAACAGAACUCUCAUUGGUCCGUAAUUCCCUUACAGCAGCACCAAUAAAUUUGCCAGGCACAAACCUGAGAAAGCUUUAUCUGCAAGAAAACCAUAUAAAUCAUGUACCACCUAAUGCAUUUGCAUACCUACGGCAGUUGUAUCGAUUAGAUAUGUCAAACAACAAUCUCAGCAAUUUACCUCAGGGUGUCUUUGAUGACCUGGACAAUAUAACCCAACUGUUUCUUCGUAACAACCCUUGGCGGUGUGGGUGCAAAAUGAAAUGGGUUCGUGACUGGUUACAGACACUGCCACUCAGAGUAAAUGUACGUGGACUGAUGUGUCAGGCACCAGAAAAAGUGCGUGGGAUGGCUAUCAAAGACCUCAGUGCAGAACUAUUUGACUGCAAGAAUGAUGAUAUUGUAAGUACUGUCCAAAUUACUGCUUCAGUACCAAACACUUUAUACCCUGUGCAAGGACACUGGCCAGUUUCUGUGACCAAAUCACCUGAAAUUAAGACUCCAAAUCCACAUAAAAACUACAGAACAACAGCUACCCCAGUACAGGAAAUCAUUACCAUUACGGUAAAAUCUGUAAGCACUGAGACUAUUCAUAUUUCUUGGAAAGUUGCACUACCCAUGACUGCUUUAAGACUCAGCUGGCUCAAAAUGGGUCACAGCCCUGCCUUUGGAUCUAUAACUGAAACAAUUGUUACCGGAGACCGGAAUGACUAUCUGCUUACAGCACUUGAGCCAGAUUCACCAUAUCGUGUAUGCAUGGUUCCUAUGGAAACCACUAACAUUUAUGUGUCUGAUGAAACACCUGUUUGUAUAGAGACUGAAACUGCACCCCUUAAAAUGUACAACCCCACGACAACCCUAAAUCAUGAACAAGAGAAAGAACCUUACAAAAAUUCAAACUUGCCCUUAGCUGCCAUCAUAGGAGGUGCAGUGGCACUAGUAGCUAUAGCACUGCUUGCUUUAGUCUGCUGGUAUGUCCAUAGGAAUGGCUCCUUGUUCUCCAGAAACUGUACAUAUAGCAAAGGACGGAGGAGAAAAGAUGAUUAUGCUGAAGCUGGAACUAAGAAGGACAAUUCUAUCUUAGAAAUCAGAGAGACUUCGUUUCAGAUGAUCUCUUUGAACAAUGAACAAGUGUCCAAGGAGGAGUUUGUAAUACAUACCAUAUUCCCACCUAAUGGAAUGAAUCUGUAUAAAAACAACCACAGCGAAAGCAGUAGUAACAGAAGCUACAGAGACAGCGGUAUACCGGAUUCAGAUCACUCACAUUCAUGAUACUAAGAGGAAUAAAAGACCUUGGGACGGUUGAUAUUUUUUCUCACAAAGAAAGGCAAUUUUAAAUGUUGCCGGCCUACUGAAGAACACUGGAUUAAAAGACUGAAUAAGCAAUGUAUUGUACAUUUGCCAUAUAAUUUAUAUUUAAGAACUUUUUAUUAAAAGUUUCAAAUUUCAGGUGACUGCUGCGAUUAAUGUAGCAAGGAUGUCUGAAAACAAUUCUAUAUUUUAGUAUUUUUUAGUAAUUUGUACUGUAUUUUCCUUGCUAAUAUUGAAAUUACAGACCAUUUAACUUUUGUGUUCUGCUGAGUACAAUGACUUGUUGACUGUGAAAGUGAAUUUUCUUGCUGUGUUGAACAAUCAGGACUUUGCAUACGUUUGAGAUCCUUGUGAGUAUAAGCACAGGCCAUGUUCACUUUGGUAUUCACAGAAGGUUAAAUCUGGCAAACUGACAGUAUUCAGAAGCGGCUGCAAAAUGAAUCAAAAUACAAUCCUGGGUACAUUAAACAAUGUAUUAAUGUAAAACAAAAAAAGUUUAAUAAGUCAAAUGUGAAAAGUAGUGGGCAAUUCUAUAAUCAAUAAAAUGAUUGUUAGGGCCUGCCAUAAAUGGUUGAAAUUUAGAUAUGGCAGUUGAAAUAAAAACAGAAGUACACAUUGCUAUAUAGAAUCAGAUAUGACCCUGUAAACAAGAAAGAGUGCUCUAUUUCUAGUUACUAAAUCUUCCAUUCUAGUCUUGGGGAACAAAAGAUUUAAAAAAUCUAUGUCUUCUUAAACAUGCAAGUAUCAAAAAAAUAAAACUUAUUGUAUACACUAAAGGACAGCUUGUACAAUGGAUACAAACAGGGUUUAUGAAAAAUACUGCUAAAGCAUACACUGAAUAUGCAAAGAACUAUCAUAUAUACUAUAUACAUUUCAACUGCCAUCAAGAAUAUUGCCCAUUACUGUCACAGUUAUUUGGAAAUUACAUUAAUAAACAUGCAAGUGAAGAUAUCUUGAUCUGGCUUUCUACUUAGUUGUGACCUAUUUAAUGCUUAAUACCCAAGACAAUUUGUUGCCAUAACUAUUCCCCAACCCCAAAUGAAACCAAAGUGCAUUGUAUGCCCUUUGGCCAGACUUGUAUGUGCCUUUAUCUAAAGUGACACAUGUUCCACUUUUAACUGGGAACAAAGUUUUCACACACAUACACUUAAUCAUGGAAAGAUAUUGGUCUCAAUGCUGAAUAAAAUAUAAAAAAGUACAGAAAGUAAGUGCUCUUUUUAUCCUCUGUAUAUAAAUUAAAAUGUGUUGCAUAAUGGAUUAU